AAGACCCACAUUUGUGACGCAAAGCAGCCCGACAGAGAUGCGCCUUCAGUACUAGACAAGUCUUUAAAAGGGAUUUCUUUACAUGCAUAAUGAUGUCUUCGGAAGGUGUAAAGUACAGUAUUACUCAGGACUAAGUGUUGGGUUUUAGAUUUAGCGUUAGGUUAAUAACAAAACAGAAAAGGCUAUGCGCGAAUGCGUCAACGUGCUCCCAUCCUUGGACCGUCGAUCUGUCAACAAUGAGUUCAAAUUUGAUUCAAUUUCAUCUUGACAAUAGUGACUGGUCGGUGGUUAAACACUAGACUGCACUUUAGUUUAGAUGCAAAAAAAAAAGCAAAGAGUGAACUCUCUGAAAGCGGAAACAAAGCAGAUGUUUGAACUGGACCAAGGGGACUCUGCAAGUGACAACAUAAAGAACAACUUUCUAUAACAGAGAACCCUUCUAUGCACAAACAAUGUUGCAUAGACAUCGGAUUGCAUCUCCAGGGCACAAACAAGCGAACUAAGAAAACGGUGUCUUGCCUCAUACGGCCCCCACAGAGGACGGUGCCACAGGACUGGUCCAUGCAAGCGGUGGACAGCUUGAAGGACACGCUGGGAUGUCCGGCAGCCACCCCGAAAGAUAUGAGGAUGCGACCAAUGUGGAGGCCCCUUCGUUGUCCGGGUCCUUAAGCAUCACUGACAUGUGUCCCUCUGCCCUCAGCAACACUCCCUCCUUCUCCUCCUCAUCCUCCUCCAUAGUCUUGCCUCUUUCUCCCCCACUGCCCCCGAACAUAGACCUCUUAUCCGUGCUCACUGAUAUCAGGUUGACCCUGGACGUUUACCGGGCUGGAGCCGCCGCGCUGCCUGUCCUGUGGAGCUUCGUCCCGGGGCAGCUUAUGGAGCUGCAGUACCUGAGGCUCGGGUCAGAGGAUGAUCAAGGCCUGGAAGAAGCACUGCCCAUCGUACCCCAUCUCACACGGCUGCGCUCGCUGGCUAUCCGAGGCCACUGUUUCCAUGACUCCGAGGGGGUUCCUCUGCCAGGCCUCCUCACCGCGCUGCCUGCCUCCUUCUCCUCUCUCUCUCUCCUGGAGCACCUGGACGUCUCCUUCAACCGGCUGUCCGUCCUGCCACCCUGCCUGCUCAGCCUCCCCCUGCUCUCCUCUCUGCUGCUCGGCCACAACUGUCUUUCCUCCCUCCCCCCCGACAUGGGGGGCCUGGCCUCCCUCCGCUACCUCUCCCUCCUGGGCAACCGGCUGCUGGCUCUGCCCCCGAGCCUGGGCCAGCUGCAAGCGCUGCAGACGCUGGACGUCUCGCACAACCUGAUCACUGCCCUGCCCGAUGAGAUCGGCGCCCUGGGGGCGCUGGUCACCCUGGAGCUCUCCCACAACCAGCUGAGGCAGCUGCCAGAGACCAUGGGCUCCCUGCGCUCCCUCACCCAGCUGGUCGUCCAUAGCAACGAGCUGCGCCUCCUCCCGGCCUGUCUGCACCAGCUCCCCCUGUUGAGGACGGACUCCCGCAACAACCCUCUGGGACGACCUCCGACCCCUCCACCGCUCCCCCCGGCCCCAGUCCAAGAAGAAAAGAACAUUCCGGAAUUGCACCUGGGGUCCAGUCAACACAGCUUCAGUGUUUCGCCUGCUGGUUGUCACGUGUUCCUGCCGGGGGGGGCGGAGCUUCUCUUCCCCCCCGGUUGCUUGGCAACCACCUCAAGACUAGAAUGGUUCCAACAGAAGGCCAACAGGAAGUGGGUGUGGCUAGAAGAGCACGAUAUCCUCCUCAGCCACCCGCUGGAGCUCAGACCCCAUGGAAUGAAGUUUCUCAAGCCCGUCGAGGUGUGUGUGCCGUUCCACCGCAGGAGGAGACGGGAGGUGGCGGUGCGGACGUACGGCGAGGGGCGCUGGAGCACGCUGGCCACCGAAGUCAGGAGAGGAAGCCCCAGUAACAGCUGUCACCCCGGGGGAGCUCCAGUUAGGCUGGCCUGCUCCUCGGUGGGACACUUCUCCUGGUUCCUGGCCGUGGCUCGGCCGCCGCUGGACAGCUGCUCCGUCACGCCACAGGGGGCGCUGUUAGUGUCCAGGGCAGACCCCGGGAUCAAGCUGCACUUCCCGCCGAAUUCCACUCUGCAGAUCCGGACCGUCACGCUCCAGGUGUUGCAGGUGUCGCUGACUGAGAUCCAGGGACUCUGUGGUGACCCCCAGGCCAGGGUCAGUCCUCUGCUCUGCCUUUCCCAGACCCCCAGUAGGAAUUUCCUGCAGCCGGUCAAAGUCCAGAUCCCUCUGCCGUCUGGAGUCACAGGCCUCACGGUGGACCUGUCCUGCCUCCACCUCCUCCACAGAGACCCGGACACCCAGAGCUGGACGGACGUCACGGCCAACGUGUCCCUCAGCAUCACUCACCUGUACGCCAUCUUCUACAUCACACACUUCUCCUGGUACUGGCUGUGGUACACCACCCUGCGCUGUGUGAGCGGUGUGGUGCGCAGAGUGUACCAGCGGCUCAAGCAGUUCAGAGUGCAGUUCCUGGUGCUCCAAAAAACCACGGAUCCCACCCAGGUUCUGCUCCAGUGUCUCCCCACCAACAAGGUGGACGGCCGAGUGCAGUCUCUGUCGGGUCUUUACGACGGCCCGCAGCCCUCUGACCUGUGCGACAUGCUGGAAGGAGAGCAGUUCUUCGCAGGCUUCGAGCGGGGCCUGGACGUCAGCGCAGACAGACCCGACUGUGUGGCCGGGAGGCUGUCCUUCGUGUUCUACUCCAGUCUGAAGAACCUGAAGGAGGUGUUUGUGAGUCCAGUCCAGGGCCACGAGCGGCCGGUCAGGGGACAAGUGUCCUUCUACAGAGGAGAGGUUCCCGAGGACCUCCCGGAGGAGCUGGUUCAGAGGAGGAAAGGUCACGACAGUCAGUGGCUGGCGACCCUGCCUCUGAAGCUCCCUGCUCUGAGCUGGAAGGAGCAGGCCAACGGCGCCGAGGAGCGCCAGCACCCCCCUCUCGACCUGGGCGACCCGGAGAGCGGCUACCUGACGGAGGCCAACCUGCUGGCCAUCUCCCUGCAGAUCGGGCAGGACUGGCGCUCCAUCGGCAUCAACCUGGACCUGAGCUUCCAGGAGCUGGAGCGCCUCGCCUACAAGCACAGGGACGAUCUGGGGGCCCUGGUGCUGGAGAUGCUGUUCCUGGGGGCGCGGGGCCGGGGGGAGGGUCCUGUGGGUCGUGGGGCGGUGCCCCGGCUGGUGGAGGCCAUGGUGAAGAGUGAAAGGCAGGACCUGGCCGACGAGAUCCAAGACAUUGUGAGCCUGGGGAAGACCAAGUACAGCGCGUCCCUUAGGCGCGUGGGCCUGGAGGAAGAGGUCUCCCCUCCCCCUCCGCCACAAUAAGAGCCCCACAGAGAGUUUGACGAGGGUCACGUCAGGGCGGUCACAGAUCGCUGACCUUUCCCCGGACCGACCACGUGUCCCUGUCCAUCUCGCCGCUGUCGUCCAAAUGCAAACAUCUCCUUCUUUCGCACAACAUUGACCCGGGCUGCGAGCGGCUGCCGGUGCCGAUAAUGUGCAGCAAGCUACCAGCUGAGGUCACCACUCAAAUGUCUCGCUACAGCCCAGAGGACACGCUCUGGCCUUGUGGUCUCAUUCUUUUAUUUAUUUAUGUUCAUAUUUAUGCCGGCCCGCCCUACAAACAUGUUUGUCCAGCAUCCUUCUUUCCAUGUUACUGAAUGGAAGGAAAGAAAACCGUGUAAACUGAGUUUGUCUUGUAGUAUGGAUGGAAGUGGUGUAAGUGAGUAUCUAAUCGAACGUUUGUAAUUUAUUGAAUAACUACAACUGUGCCUUGGUUCUAAUAUAAACCAUUUUAGCAGUGAAAUCCUCUUGGAUAUGCUUACUCUGAAUGUUUUUAAUGAAAUGUAAAUAUUUUGUAAUUCCGUAUGUUUCAUGAGCAGCCUACAUUCAUUGAUGAAUACAAUAUUUU